AUAUAAUCCUUCUUUCCGAUUCCGAUUGUCUGAGAUCUCAACGCCGGCAAACAAUCAUCGCAGCCCAAAUCCUAGCGCCAAGAUUUACUGUUUAAUAAUCUUGAAUACAAUGGCCACCGUCGAAAUCGCUUGCACUUACGCUGCCUUGAUCCUCCACGACGAUGGAAUCCCAGCCACCGCCGAGAAGAUUGCUACUUUGGUGGAGGCGGCGAACGUGAGCGUUGAAUCAUACUGGCCAAGUCUUUUCGCCAAGUUCCUCGAGAGGUCAACGUCGAUAGCCCCUUUGUGGGUUAAAGCAAUGAAAGAUGAGAUUCAAGCUUUGGAAAGCAAUCAUACCUAGUCUUUGGUUCUUUUGUCUUAUGGUCAUCUUCUCAUUGCUUGUUAAUGGGUCUAUAAAGUGAAGUAUAAGACCUAUGGUGAAGUUGAGAGGUUCAAGACACGUUUGGCUGCAAAGGGCUUCACUCAAAGGGAAAGGAUUGACUAUACAAACACUUUCUCCCCUGUCACCAAAAUGGUUAUUGUUCGAACCAUUCUCUCUCUUGCAGCUGCUCUUGGCCGGUCAUUACAUCAAAUGGAUGUAUACAAUGCUUUUUGCAAGGUGAUUUAGCUGAGGAGAUUUACAUGCAUUUGCCUCCAGGGUUUAGCAGCCAGGGGUAUGGUCAAGUGUGUAGGCUGCAUAAAUAAAUUUAUGGACUAAAAAAGUCUUCUAGACAAUGGAACUUGAAGUUGUCUAAAGCACUGUUAGC